AUGAAGCAACAUGAAGAACAUACUUUUAGCUUAGCUUUCAUUCUUUUAUCGUAUAGUUUUUUUUUAUUCCUUCGUCCUUUAUUCCUCUUCUUUUUCUUUCUUUCUUUUCGCUUCCUUUUUCUUUCUUUUUUCUCUUUCUUUUAUCAUUUUCUUUCUUCUUUUUCUUUCUUUCUUUUCUCUUCCUUUUUUUCUUUUUUCUCUUUCUUUUAUCAUUUUCUUUCUUCUUUUUCUUUCUUUCUUUUCUCUUCCUUUUUCUUUCUUUUUUCUCUUUCUUUUAUCAUUUUCUUUCUUCUUUUUCUUUCUUUCUUUUCUCUUCCUUUUUUUUCUUUUUUCUCUUUCUUUUAUCAUUUUCUUUCUUCUUUUUCUUUCUUUCUUUUCUCUUCCUUUUUCUUUCUUUUUUCUCUUUCUUUUAUCAUUUUCUUUCUUCUUUUUCUUUCUUUCUUUCGCUGCUGUUGUCCUACAAACCACCUCCUCCUUUUAUGUUUAAAUUCUAAUUCUAUCUUACUUCACAUUCUUUAUAUCUUUUUCCUUAUUUUAAUGUUUUUUUUUUUCUUCUUUCUCCUUUCUCUUUUUACCGUGUUCACUUUCUUUUUGUGCUUUUUCUUUCACCUCACACAUUUUGUCUUUUCUACAGUUUUUUUUCCUACCGAUUUUUUUAUUUUAAAUAUAAUCCUCUUUUCUUUCUUUUUUUCCUCUUGA